AUGUGUCGAGUGGAGCUUUUCGUUCUGGCGGUGGCGAUUGUGGUGGAGUGUACCGGGUUGCACAUGUACCCGGAGAUAUUCGAGACGUCCCGGUUCCUGCGAAGGCGUCCUUUGGCAUUAAAAAGCGUCUCACCUCGCUCCGACGAUGACCAGCACUCGGACGGUGGGUUUAAGGACGGUGAGGUGGGCUUCGUGCGGUCAAGCAGUGAAUCGGGAACGGGUGGAUUUCGGCACCGGGAAAAUUUCCACAAAAAAGACGGCAACAAAUUCGGGCACGAACGGCAGACGGGUUUUGGUGAGUCGAAACGAGCCGGUGAUGAGUUGGGAGCCGACCACGGCAAGCUGGUAGUCGACACGCACCACUACAGGCCUGAACCGAUGUACGAAGUGACCGAGGAGCAGAGCGACAUCGACAAUCCGGACAAACACAAGAAGUACGGCAUGGCAUCGUCAAUGGGGAGUAAACCGGUGAAAAAACCCACCACCGGCAAACGGACGACGGUGGUGUCGAAGUCCUCGUCCAAACCCGCGAAGGGAAAAUCACAGCAAACGAAGGACCACUCUGGCUUCGAAUCGAUUGUGUACCACGAGAACGAACGCGACAGCUCGGAGCAUGGGUACGGUGUGAAGAAAACCGUCGGAAAGCUCCCAAAACAGGCGGAUCAACGGAAACCCGCCAAACAAGUGGCCCACGACGAGCUGGACGAUGAGAGUGAGGACCGUGAUAUCGGGCUGGAGUCGGACGACGAGUACGACGGUGAGGCGGAGAGUGAUUCCGGUCGGGAGUCCGAUUUCGCGGACAACUACGAUGCGGUUCGGUUCGACGUUGACUUCGAGCGGUCGUUUGGGAGUGGGGAAACCGGUGAAGACGAGGGAACGGGGGGUGAUGGGCGAACGGCGGGACGGAAGAAUCAGGAGCAGGACUACGAUUAUGAUGCUGAAGUCGACCGGGAUGAGGUGGACGAAUCGGCCAAUGAGGAUAAGUACCGGGGCGAUGAGGAUGACGAUGAGGAUGGCGAACAUGAGGAAGCCGAGAAGGGUGGUGACGAUCGGCAGUACGAGUACGCGAGUGAGGCAGAUGGAGACGCCACGGAUGACUACUGAGUUUGGGGGUGGCUUCGCGACUACCCUUGAAUGAGGCCCGUUACCGAGAUACCUCGAAUCGAAGUGCAAAUAAUCGCGUUAAUAAAGCGAACGAUACUACUAAUCGUAAUAUGAAUGUGUACGCUUAAUAAA